AUGGGGGAAAGCCAUAGUAAACCGUCUCUUACCAUCCCAACACUUGGGAGGCCUUUUGCCUUAGGUUCGCUGUAUGACUGUAGAUCACACCAAAUUGUACAGGGGAUUACAUUGUGGGACCAAAAAACUCUGAAUGGAAAAAAGGUACAAAAACAUAAAUCAUCUAACAGUCAAAUCAUCACCCCUGAUAGUAUUAAAGAGAAGUCUUCUGCACUGGAUGCCAACAUUGACUUAAAACUCAGCUUUCUUGGAGGGAUGGUGGACGUGUCUGGCUCUGGGGAAUACCUUGACAACAGAAAAUCUUCAAAUCACGUAGAAAGGGUAACCUUGAAGUACGAAUGCACAACUAAAACUGAAACAAUGACGAUGGAACAGUUAGGGAAGGGAGAGAUUGAUCACCCAGAAGUUUUUGACCAUGGUACAGCUACGCAUGUUGUAACAGGGAUUACAUAUGGAGGGAAUGCUUUCUUUGUUUUCGAGAGGGACUUGUCUUCAAAUUCAUUAGACAGAAAUGUUGAAGGUUAUCUUCAUGUUAUGGUCAAUUCCAUUCUAAACUUAGAGAUUAAUGGGGAAGGAAAGUUAGAUCUAAGUGAAGCUGAUAAAAACGAAUCCAGGAAAUUUAGCUGCAGUUACUUUGGAGAUUUUAUACUUCGAGAAAACCCAUCGACAUUUGAAGAAGCUGUUCGUGUCUACAAAAAUAUGCCAAAUAUCAUUGGGGAAAAGGAAGAAAAUACUGUCCCAAUAAAAGCAUGUUUAUAUCCACUUGCCAAACUAAACAGUAAGGCUUGUAAUCUUGUUAGAGAGAUCAGUGCUGAUCUUGUUAAGGAAACAGAAGAUUAUUUGGAGGAUCUGUAUAAACUGGAUGUGAAAUGCAAUGAUCUUCUGAGAUCACAAGCAGUUAAUAAAUUCCGUAAAAUUAAAGAAGAAAUUCAGGAAUUUAAAUCUUUAUUGGCUACUUAUAAACUGGUAUUUCAGAAAGAGGCAGCACAAAUUCUUCCAAGUAUCAGAGGUGGAAAUAAAGAGGAGAGUGAGUUAGCAAAGAUGUUGAAAAAAAGGGAUUUCUCUCCAUUCGAAAUGAAGCUCUCAGGAGAUGGAUGGCAACAAAAGAAUGCCAAGUAA